AGAUGAGAAUAUGAAAGAUGUAUUAUCGGGAGCUUUUUGCGGUAAUUUUUGAAGCAAUGUCAUCUUUUGCGAGGAUCUUUCUAUCUGACGCCUUUUAACUGAGAAACAUUAUCUUGCACUGCUGUCAUCUACGACCUCCCGGUUGAUUGGCAUGGAUGAACUUGAGAAAUACGACUUUUUUGAUAUGGUUGCGAGCCCUUCCGCGAGGAAACGUUCAUUUCCGUUCUCACCAUCAGUGUCCAAUGCUUCUGGUCUCGAUCCGUCCGAAACGGACGACGCGGACUCAAACCACGGUUCAAAUCAACUGCAAACAGGAGGACAAUGCUGGAAACACGCGAGACAGAAUCAUAGUCAAAUCGAGAAACGUCGCCGAGAUAAAAUGAAUAUGCAUAUAAAUGAGCUUGCUGCGCUUGUUCCCAUGUGUUCUGCCAUGGCGAAAAAGCUUGACAAGCUUACCGUGCUACGAAUGGUGGUGCAAUAUGUGAAAACAGUGCGUGGGGCAGUUCAUUCGUAUACCGAAGGAACCUAUAAGCCCAGUUUUGUAACAGAUGCAGAACUUCGAAGUCUUCUUUUACGUAUAGCGGAUGGCUUUGUAUUUGUUGUUGGCUGUGAUCGUGGGAAACUCUUAUUUGUGUCAGAGUCCGUAACUUCUGUGCUGGGGUACCCUCGUUCAGAACUUCUCGGUCAGUCAUGGUUCGACAUACUUCAUCCCAAAGAUAUUCAGAAGAUGAAAGAGCAACUCGCUUCGUCCGAUUUGAAUCCCAGAGAACGAUUUAUCGACUCAAAGACGAUGCUUCCUGUUAAAACAGAAGCUAGUCACAGCAAUCAGGGUACUGGAGGUCUUUGUCCAGGAGCCAGAAGAGCUUUCUUCUGUCGCAUGAGAGCUAAAGAUGCGGAAGUUCGACAAAACCGAAAUCAGAAACGUUUCAAUGUCGUUCGGUGUGUUGGAUACUUGAAGGCCUGGACUCCUAUCGAUGACGAGGAAGGCAGCAGUAACAUGAGUUGUUUGGUCGCGGUUGGAAGAGUGAUGCCACCUCCUUCAGCGCAUUCCAUGCCGUUAACUACGAGGACUGAUGCCUCAUCAGUCAUUCAAAAUUCUUCGCAACAGCCUCCGAAAACUGGAUUAUCCUUCUGUUCACGUCAUUCACUUGAUGGGAAAUACGUUUACGUUGAUCCCACCAUUACCUACAUACUGGGUUAUCUUCCUCAAGAAGUUGUUGGAUUGAACCUAUCUGAUUUUCAUCAUCCUGAUGAUGCUGCCUCGCUUGCUGACAUUCAUCGGCGUGCCCUGAACGAGCCGUCAGGUGUCCUAUCUCCAGCUUACAGGUUUAAGGCGAAGGACGGUUUCCAUCAUUUCUUUCAAACUCAUUUCAAAGCUUUUCGAAAUCCUUGGACAAAGGAUACCGAAUUUAUCAUUGCUCGGAAUUUUCUUCCCUUCAAGGAAGGAGAAAACCCGUUCGGUUCCGCGCCGAAUCUCGAGUUCGCUUGCGAUUCAAUAGGAAUGGGGACGGAAAUGACGAACCCCUGUGUAUCCAUGAGUUCGUGUUGUGAUGCUCAACCCCAGCAGCAACAACAAGGCAUUUUGACUCCUACCUUGGAAGAUACGGUGAUUCAGCAACAACCGCCAUUGUUGCCCGUUCAUCGUCCGUCAUUACAAGACGCAGCUGGUUGUAGUUCUGCACCCACUCAACGUUCACCCGUAGAUCUUGUGGGGGAGGUGGAAACCCCGGAAAUUCAUACAGAUUUGCCUCCCAGUGGGAGUAGUGUGGAUAAUGAAGGAAACGAUGAAGCUGCCAUGGCAGUCAUCAUGCGAUUGCUUGAGGUGGAUGCUGGGCUCGGGGGCCCUGUCGAUUAUUCGGGUCUUCCAUGGCCUUUGACGUAGGAUUUGAUUACAGGUAAGAUACCGUUCGUGUCGUUAGUACAAGGAAGUGUCAAUCAUUCCCUGGCUGGCGUUCAUGCGCUGCGUCACUGUUCUAAUUCCCGCCUGAAACUCCUCAUUUCGUUUUUGGGGAAGUAUAUAGCUUUUACCAAGUUCUGCGAAUUUUGUGUUAACAUUUCAAUGAUAAGGGCGUUGAUUGUUCUUCGUUGCAAUAUUUCGGUGUUUUCUGGUCUCCUUGCUUGAAUGGAAAAUCAUUGAUGCUGUUAUGCGGUAGCUCUUCUGUAGCACGCGACGGCCCAAAAGAUGUUUCAAUUCAGUAAAAGGCCAGUCUGGUUAUCUUGCAGAUUUUCCCUAAAAUUGUGACAAAAUCAAAUUUAGCUACGGCAAAACAUGUCCAGGUUAAUUGUCAAUUGCCUUUAGUGCAUCAUCGUUUUUGAAUCCCAGUAUGGAUUAUCUUGUGUUACUAUCACAUCAAUGUUUUGAUUGGUUACAGUAUCCGGAGUUGGUAACUUAGAUAAUGCUGUAUUAGGUGCAAAUUUGAUCAAUCUUUGGUGAAUUGUACGUGUACUGAAACUGUACCGAAUUAUGUUCCGUUUUAUGGUCUUCGAGUACAUCAAUGUGUUGUGGUAUAAGAUUUUGUUUCCUUGUCUCAUCGAGAGGAUGAAAAUUUUUCAAUUGAAUGAUUCUACUGAUAAAUUGCUAAAUUAUUGAAUUACCAUAGUUUUUGUCAGUAAAAUUUCCGCUCUGCUGAGGAGCGGAAAUUGAUUUUUAUGAGCGAUGGACGACCUAUGUUGAUUUUAAAUUCGAACGUACCCCGUUUUUGCUUCAUUUUGAUCUCAUUCGUACUAUACAAAUGCCAUUGAAAGCGUUGCUACUUGUUUUUAAUUACUUUCGCGGAAGUCUCCCCCGCUUCGGUUUGACCAUUUGACAGCUUUAGUUUUUUUUUUUACCUCGCAGUAAAAGUUUUUACCUGAUUUGAAUAUUUUGCGCGUGUUUUUUGAUGCUUGAAAGAAAGUAUUUAUUUUGCUGGGCUUCUCAAACGAUUCCCUAGUGAUCUCCACCGGAAAAUACAUGCAAUAUUUCCACGAGAUUUAGCCGAUAAUGUAAAAAAGAAUCCUCAUGUUUAUUGGGAUUUGGGGGAAAACAAAGUUGCUCAUUCGUUGCGGUAACCCGAGGGCAUUCCGCGAGGGAACGAAAACGAUUCGUUGGUGAUCGUUCUUAAUUCUGAUGUUGAGCUGUUUCAAUUUGUGAGAUAGACGUACGUUGAAUGUGAUUAGGACAAUAAUUUGGUGUACCUCGGGACAAUAUUUGUUACCAAAUUGCUCAUGUGCUUCGUCACUGCACCUAUAUGAACUAGCAAAAAUGGACCAUGGAACUGUGUGUCGAAACACGGCGUGCUUGCAAAAAGGGUUAAAGCUGAUAUUUCUGAGAAGAAAAAACACCCUAGGGCAUUUCUGUCGAAACUACGGGAUUAUUUUUUAACCGAUUGUUUCCUGCUGAUUUAAAAUCAAUUCGUUGCCACCCUGAAGUACCCGAGUUAUUCAGUAGAUGUUGAAAUUUUGUUGACAAAUCAAGUCAUUGCCAGGUUUCUCUAUUUUACUCGUUAGCAUACAUUGGAAACGUGAUAUUUUGAUGGACGAGUGAGUUUUUCAAUAUCAAAUCACUGAAGACGUUUUGUUUUUUGAGAAUCGAAUUAAACGUCUUUUUUGUGACAGUUCGGUUCUUGUGUGUAGAAGCGUUUCAGUGUUGCAAUUUGAUGAUGUCGGCGGAAAGGCGUCCAGUGGGGAAGAGAUUACUAUUUUUUUGAUGGAUGGUUUGUGAGAAAAAAUUUGAAUACGGUGUCUAGUUUGGUGUGAUUUUAUAGACCAUUGUGUCAAAAAACUGCGCGAGAGAUGAUGAAUUCCUCGGGAAAAAACUGAUUCCUAUGCCAAGUCUUGCUCAGCCUGUUAUUUUUGCAUAGACGACAUGAAACCCAAUUUUUUCUUCCGCGUAAUUGAAAGGGAGUGGUGGAUUUUUCAUCGGUGUUGUUAAAGUCUCCGUCAGCGUUCCUGCGGAUUUGGGUGAUUUUUUUUUUUUGUUGGUGUGUUGACUCUGGGAAGUGGGUUCAUUAAAGGAAAUAACGGAAAGAUUGGCCUAAAAGCCACGAGUUUUCUUAUCCUUAUGAAGAAGGCAGAUAUUCCAAACGCAGCUUAAUUCAGGACUCUGUCAAGCCAAUUGCGUGAGUCUUUCACGUGAGGAAAAUGUACU